GUUCUCCAUUAAAACACCUAGUUUGGAAAAAUAUCAGCCAAUACACAAAGAAUAUACAGAUAUAUAUAUGGAUUUGGCUGUGAAUAUCACAUCAUCUUGUCGUGUACGAGUUCUUUUGGUACCUGUCGCUCCUAUUAAAAAGUCAACGUUUUGGAAACAUGUAGAACUUGUUAAACAAUUUAGUAUGGUACGUUUAGGUGAUGUUACUCCUGAUCUACAAAAAGGUGCCAGUGCCAAGUUUAGUAGUCAAGUAUUUCAAGAAGGUCAAAUGCACUUUCAGUUUGUAACAAGUUAUAGAAGGGAUCAUGCUCAUUUGGAAGAUUUUCAACCUCAUAGACGAAUAUUUGGUGUAAUUGGUAUCAUGGAUUGUCAAGAAUGGAAAGAUAAAGAUUUAAGCGAAGGUUACAAACAUUUUGUCAAUACUCUCAACAAAUAUCCUACUGCUAUUGCCACUCGAUGUUUUGCCUUUGAUCCCACUGAAAAUCAACCUGACGAUACAAAAGGUCUUAUCAUGAUUCCAAAUGUGGGUAACUUAUCCUUCUAUAUGAGUACUAUGGUAUGCGACUUUGCUAGUGAAAUUCUUAGCCAAUUUGCCAAUAUUGCCACACGAAUUGAAUCUUUACCAUCGUUAGAAUCUCCUAUGCAAGUUCAAUAUCAAGUACCACAACAAAAACCGCAUUAUACACAACAACAACAACAACAACAAUUUUAUGAUCAUACUAUAAACAAUGGACAUUCUACUACUAUUACACCUCAACCUUCUGCUAGUACACCUACUGGGGCCAAAUUACAGCAUCGUACUUCUCAACCUCCUCCAACACCAGCACCAACUCAUUCUACAUCAAGCUCCUUUCUGAAGCGUGCUUCAUCCAUGGCCUCCAACAACUCUACUACUGCUUCACCCACUUUUAACAAAAUGGCUACUCUCCCACCUAUUCCUUCACCAAGUAUGUCAAGAACAAACAGUGCUCAAGGUACAAGUGAUCUUACCAAAACGAAACGAAGAACGCCAGGUCGGAUCAAAAAGUUAUUUGCAGACUUUUAUCUAUUAGCUGGGCGAUUACCUGAUGCAGUUAGCCAUUAUCAACAAGCAAUUGAAAUGACCAAAACAACAUCUGACUUUCUAUGGUUAGCAAGUGCAAUGGAAGGAUUGGCCUGUGCGACUUUAUUAUUAGAAUAUUUACAAGGAGAUAUUGGACAUAUCGUAUCACGAAAAGUCGAUCCACCAAGUCCUACUGAAUCACCCAUGUCACCAACCACUACCAACAAGGACCAUGGAAUGGAAGAUAUUUCUCUCAAACCAGCACCAUCCACAUUCACUGAAUUAAUUGAUCAAUAUACGGCUCUUAUUCAAUAUUACAAUAAGGUUCAUACUACCUCUUCUAUCCCAUUACCUGGUCUAGUUUAUGCUGAAGCUUGUAUCAAAGUAUCACGUCUCUUAUUGACUGUUUAUAUCAACAAAGGAUGGAAUGAUCAAGUCUUGGCUCUUGUUGUGCAAGGUAAAAUCUCACCAUCUCCCAAUACCGACGGUUUACCACCUUCUGUCAACAUACCACCAACUACUUCUCCUGAAACUACCAACAAAACAAAGACAACUACUGUCAUUCCUAUACCUCGAUAUGAAAUUGCUGAAUGGGUGAUGCGAAUUUGGUCUACUCAAUUAGAUCAAUUACCGUUAUUAGAUCAAAUUAAUUUCAUGACACAAAUGAGUACCAUUUUAUCUUGUAUUGGUUAUCACCGAAAGGCAGCUUGGUCCAUGCAUGAAAGUAUCCAUUGCAUGUUACCUCUCUUGAUUCAAAGCAGGGCCACUUUAUCAAAUGCUCCCCGGGAUCCUGGCAAAGGUUCUGAAAAGAACAAUGAUGGUAUUUUACAAGUUUUGAAGCGUAUUUGUGAAGUUUAUGGUAUUGGAGAACGUAAUGUAUUAGAUGGUGGUGCUCUGAAUGCCAUGCAAAAUCAAGAUCAAGGCACAUCUGCGCAUCAAGCUAGAAGUUUAUACAAGCAAAAUGCUCGUGUUGGUUGGGCUACUCUUCAAAUUGAUAUUCUACGACAAUGUAUUGCCAUAUCUGAAGCGCUUCCUGACUAUGGGUCCAUGCUAUAUUAUACCACGGUGUUACUGAAAAAUCUAUAUCAAUACAUUCCCAAAGAUGAACAAAUUCGACUUGCUUCUUCGAUUCAACGCAUUGUAGCCAUGGGGAAACGUUCUGGUCAUGUGGAAAGCAAUGUCAAUUAUUGGGGUGUCAACAUUGUUACUGCCAUCGAAGCUGUUCAGGCCAUUCCUCGAAAAGCGGUUUACGAACAUCCUGUUAUUAAUAAAUCUGCUGUUGCCACUACCAAAGCUACUGGUGAUCCUUUUAUCUACAAUCCAUUUGCACAAAAGAAAAAUGAAGAGAACCGUGUGAAUCUCGUCAAGAAUGAACUCUGUGAAUUCAAAGUGACUCUGACCAAUCCUUUUGGAUUUGAUUUAGAACUCCAAAAUGCAACAUUAAGUACCUCUGGCGUACCAUUCAACCCUGUGCCAAUGUCAGCCUCUAUCCCUGCCUAUGGAACUAUAUCUUUACGACUUACUGGAACUCCAGAAGAAAGCGGAACCUUAUUGAUCCGUGGUUGUAUUAUUCGUAUUGUUGGAUUUGCAGAACAAGAGUUUAUACAUGAUCUCUCAGCAAAAAAGAAAAUGGAACAAAACAAAAAUAACAAACAAGAACCCACUUAUGAAGAUUUCGCCAAAUUCAAAUAUACUGGUCUUCAAGCAAUUCAAAAUGCUAGCAAGAAACAAGAAACAAAUGAAGAUCCUGGACCCAUUGAAUAUUACAAGGUACAAGUGAUUGAUGAUCAGCCACUAUUGAAGAUUACAUCAACUUCGUUAUUACAUGGUGCUGUUAUGCUUUAUGAAGGCGAAAUGACGCAUAUAAAAAUGGAAAUUGAAAACAUUGGCAAUAUACCGGUUGACUUUAUCACCCUUUCCUUUACAGAUUCAACCUCAUCCAACCCAUUACCUAUUAACACGGAACUACCUAUGGAACAACAAUACGAAAUUGAACUCUUCAUUAAGGAUAUGCCUGUAUUUUCUUGGGAAGGCUCUAGUAAGGAUCGAACACAAUCGAUUGGCAAAAAGAUAUAUUUAGAUUGUGGUGAAAAAACUGAAAUUAUUGUCAAUGUUUACGGAAAACGUGGAUGCUCUGGUGGAACAAUUCAAAUGGAUUAUGGGUAUUUAGACCGACUUAUUGAUGCUUCAUUUGAUUCAACAGUAUCAUCUCCUUCACCACCAGAAUCAUCACCUUCCUCACCAUCAUCUUCAUCACUGACUACCAGUUUCUUUACUCGACAACUUUAUUUGCCUGUCCUGGUGACGGUAUAUCAAAACUUGGAACCAUUGAAUUGGGAUAUCCUUUAUUUACGACAUAGUGGAGCAAUAGGGGCAAAUAACGAUUCUCUGACUAAUAACGAUGAAAGACAAUUAGUGGACGGUCAACAACCUGUAGAGGAUCUCAUUUUAUUGACUCAACAAGCAUUCGAUCAACAUCAAGACAAGAACGAAUAUUGUUUAGUAACUUUGGAUAUACGCAAUACUUGGACUGUGCCAUUUGAUGUGUCAUUCAAAGUAGAUGAUUUGGACAAGACUAACUCUCCUGUUGAAACUGUCUUAUCAAUUCAACCUGGAUGGACAAGAAGAUUGGUGUUACCUGUAAAACGAAUGUUUUUAUCUGCAGAAACGUGUCGUCAGCCCAUCCCUUCAUUUGAACCCAACAAGCAAUUUGUAGUAUCACAAGGACCAAAGAUGGCACCUGAACAAGAAAGAGCUAGAUUACUGAUGUUUUGGUAUCGAGAAAAACUAUUGGAAAGAAUUCAAGCAACAUGGCAAUGUCAAUCUACAGGACGACAUGGUAUUUUGAAUUUAAGACCCUCUUUACGACUAUCAACACAACAAUUGGCGAUUUUGAAGAAGGAAGAUAUUGAAUUCUUGGUCGAUUUGGAGGGACCCAAUGUACACAAGACAGCUCAUCGACAAUUUCAAUGUGAUUGUAAUGAUUUUAUCACGAUGCAAGUUUCCAUCCGUAAUCGGCAAGUUCGACCUGUCAAGCUUAUCUUACGCGUACAACCAGUACAAAGUUAUAAUAGUGGUGCGAAAGAAUAUGAUCUAUCAGGAAAAUUGUUGAUGCAAGGGUUACAUCAGAUAGUAUUACCAGAGAUUCCUGCGAAUGGCAUGGUAACACAUGUGAUACCACUCUGCUUCUUGUCAAGGGGUCGCUUUGAAUUCUUAUAUCAUGUGGAGGAUGUACAUACAAGGGAAAUGUACUAUGAUCACGAUUGGGCCAUUGUAGAUUGUCAAUAGUUUUUUAUAUCCUUCAUAUCAUCUUUAUAUUAUUUAUGUAUGUAUAUUGUUUUAACUUAGAAAUAAAGUCACACACAUGCCUUAUUA